UUCUUUCCUCCUUCUAUAAGUAUGUACCCCGCCAUUUUCCACAGAGACAGAAACUACUCAAAAACAUAAAAGCGCAAGUGCAUGAUAACUACUGCUACCAGCUCUUUACCAUUUCGAUUCACUUUUCGCAAUUUCUUCAGUUUGGAGUAAGCUAUGGAGUGGAAUACGUGUUUGAGGAACCUGGUCUUGAUGGCUUUAACGGUGGCCUUGGUUGUUGCAAAUGGGAAUUGUUACAAGGGUGGUGGUUAUGGUCACUCAGGCAGCAGAUUCGUUCAACGAGAUGGAAACCAUUUUACGAUGAGUGGGAAGAAAAUCUACCUGAACGGGUUCAAUGCUUACUGGCUCAUGUACAUGGCAUCUGACCCAUCCACGAGAUCCAAGGUCACUGCCACUUUACAACAAGCCUCAUUCCAUGGCUUGAACGUGGCUAGAACCUGGGCUUUCAGCGAUGCAGGUUACAAGUCUCUUCAGGUUUCUCCUGGUUCCUACGACGAGAACGUCUUCAGGGGCUUGGAUUUUGUGAUAUCAGAAGCUGGAAAAUACGGGGUGCGACUCAUACUGACCCUGGUGAACAACUGGAAAGAAUAUGGUGGGAAGACACAGUAUGUGAAAUGGGCAAGGGAACGGGGCCAGAGCGUGAGCAGCGACGAUGGCUUCUUCAACCACCCUGUCGUUAAGCAAUAUUACAAGAAUCAUAUUAAGGCUGUGUUGACUCGAAGGAACACUAUAACUGGGAUGGCAUAUAAAGACGAUCCAGCUGUUUUCGCAUGGGAGCUAAUGAACGAACCUCGUUCCGAAUACGAUCGCUCUGGAAAAAUCAUUCAGGAUUGGGUGAGUGAGAUGGCUGCGUACGUAAAGUCCAUCGAUCGGAACCAUUUGCUGGAAAUAGGGCUUGAAGGGUUUUAUGGGGAAUCAAUGCCAGAGAAGAAGCUGUUCAAUCCUGGAUACCAAUUAGUCGGAACCGAUUUCAUUUCCAACAAUCAAGUUCCUCACGUCGAUUUUGCCACCUUUCAUCUCUAUCCAGACCAAUGGGUCCCCGGGUCAAACGAAUCAGCCCAAACUGCUUUUGUGGACAAAUGGGUGCACGCCCAUAUCGAGGAUAGUAACAAGAUUCUGAGGAAGCCCAUUCUUUUGUGUGAAUUUGGGAAGUCGUCCAAAUCUGAGGGAUAUAGCGUGGAGAAGAGGGACAAAUACUUUCAGAAGCUUUACGACGCCGUAUACGGCAGCGCAAGUGGUGGGGGAUCCUGUGCGGGGGGGCUUUUCUGGCAGGCGAUGGGUCAAGGAAUGGAUGGCUUUCAUGACGGAUACGAAGUUAUCCUUCAGGAUAGAUCUUCAACUAUCAACAUCAUCCGCCAGCAAUCUCAACGCAUGUCAAAUCUCAAAUAGCAAUGACGAGGCGGGCACGCCACAGAGAAUGAGACCAGAAUGAGGCAUAGGAAAUGAGAACAACAUAAAUAGUUAUAAUUUAAGAUUGAUUUGGUUCCCGUAAAUGCAAAGCCUGCCUGCCACCCGAAGCUGAUGUGACGGGAUUCUUGCUUUUAAUCGUUUGGAGACAAAUGCAAGGAAUUUGCAUUUGUCCUGCUGUAUCAAAAAAUGAAAUAUAUCUGUAUUGUCCAAUCAACUUUUUCCGAGUUUCCACAA